AUGCAAUCAUUAUUUGGCUUUCAUGAAACCCUAAAAGUGGUUACUAAUGGUGUUCCUGCGGUUGGUGAAGAUUCAACUGACGCACAGAGAAACGCUCACAAGGAUGCCAAGAAAAAGGAUUGCAAGGCGCCGUUUUACAUCCAAUUGCAGAAAGACAAAGGAUCGACAAAAGUCAAGGACGAAGGAGCGAACCUUGCACGUCAAGAUUUAGAUGAUUCUGAUGAUCUGGAGGAUAUGGUUGUAGUUGCAGAUGACCAUGUCGAAUCCAAGAUUUGGUUCCUCGACUCAGGCUGCUCGAAUCACACGACUGGUCGAAAAGUAUGGUUAGUAGAUUUUGACGAGUCGAAGAAGAGCAAAGUCAAACUUGCUGAUAAUAGCUCGUUGCAAGCUAAAAGUGAAAAGAAGAUCAAGGUGUUGCAAACAGAUGGAGGUGGCGAAUACACAUCCAAUAGAUCUGAAGCAUUAUGUUCAGAACAUGGUGUUGAUAAUGAGGUGCCCUACCAAGAACCUGAAGAACAAGGUUCCUAA